UCAAAUAGAUGAUAUUGUAUUGAGGAUAUUAUGACUGAAAAAGAAAAUGAACUACUCUGUUAACAAGAAUAAGAAAAAACCUGGCAGUGUGAAAUCUACAGUGGUCCUGCUAGUUACGAAAAGAAAAGAAAAGUUUCCAUCGAGAUGAUAAAUCCCAUGAAGAACAACUUAAGGGGACAAGGUAUCCGCAGUGAUGAAAUUAAGCAUCCGUCAUAGGAUACAUAAGGGUGCUCAUCUCAACUCUAUAUUUGUUGAACAUCUGCUACAUUCUGUGCCAAUAAAAAGGUUGGUAUAUCCUUCCUAAUUUGAAAAAUAAAUUUCAAUUUACAUACAGCUUGGGGGAAAAAUCAAGAGGUAGUUUGCAGUCAUUGCAGAGGCCUCUAGACGUCGCUGUUCCCUAAUAACUGAGAACAAUGCCAGGAAAGAGCCUAUCAACCCUCGCUUCUCCUAAAUCACAAUACACUAACAUCAGACCAGCAAACCCUGGGACUGCAGGAAAAAACCAUCACCCUCUGCUUUUCACAUUUUCUGAUGGAUAAUUAUUCCCUUCGGCUCAAAGGAGGCAAGAAUUGAUUCAGACACUCGGGUGCAACCAGGACUAAUUUGUAUCAGUGAGAUACUAAUGGCUACUCUGCUGACGUUCCAUGGAUUCAGAGGGCAAAUCCUGCUUUGCUCUGUCCUGGGUUUACUUUUGGAAUCAUGUGUCGCACAGAUUCGUUACUCUGUGACCGAGGAGAAGGAGAAAGGCUCUUUUGUGGGCGACAUCGCCACGGAUCUGGAGCUUCAGCCUCAGGAGCUUUCAGAACGCGGAGCCCGAAUCGUCUCCAGAGGUAAGACACAGCAUUUUGUUCUGAAUUCCAGAAAUGGCAGCUUAAUCAUUGCAGAUAGAAUAGACAGAGAAGAGCUUUGUCCCGGGGCCCCAAAAUGUUUUUUAAAUUUCGACAUCCUUCUUGAGGAUAAAGCGAAUAUUUUUGGAGUGGAUGUGGAAAUAAUUGAUAUCAAUGAUAACAAACCUUACUUUCAGACUGAAGAAGUGGAAGUAAAAGUCAGUGAAAUCGCAACGCCCGGAAUGCGAUUUCCUCUCCCAGAAGCAUUCGAUUCAGAUACGGGUGUGAACUCAGUUCAGAGCUACCAGCUGAGCCCGGACCAUCAUUUCUCUCUGCAUGUGCAAAGAGGAAUAGACGGGGCCAAAUACCCGGAACUCGUGUUAGAGCAAGCCCUGGACCGUGAGAAGCAGUCAAUUCACCAUCUCAUUCUCAGGGCCUCCGACGGGGGAGAUCCUAUUCUCUCAGGCACCACAAGAAUCCGAGUGACUGUCCUUGAUUUCAAUGACAACGCGCCAGUGUUUACUCAAUCUGUAUAUAGUGUGAAUGUUCCCGAGAGUGUACCUGUGAGAACUUUACUACUCACGGUGACUGCGACUGACCCAGACGAGGGAGUCAAUGGGCAAGUGACAUACUCUUUCAGGAAAAUAAAUGAAAGAACCUCAAAGAUCUUCCAAAUGAACACUGUUACAGGCGAAAUAUCAACGAUGAAAAAUCUAGAUUAUGAAGAAUCUGCCCUUUAUGAGAUGGAAGUACAAGCCGAAGACAAUCCUGGGCUUCUGGGGAAAGCUAAAGUCCUGGUUUCAGUCUUAGAUGUAAAUGACAACACCCCCGAAGUGAGUAUAACAUCUCUCACGAAGUCAGUAUCUGAAGACUCUCUCCCAGGGACUGUAAUUGCCCUUUUAAAUGUGCAUGACCGGGACUCUGGGGAGAAUGGACGUGUAAAGUGUUCUAUACCCGAGAAUCUGCCUUUUAAACUUAUCAGAUCUUAUGGAAAUUAUCACAAAUUGAUAACAGUUGGAACCCUAGACAGAGAGAAGGUCUCCCAAUACAAUGUUACUGUGACAGCUACAGACUGGGGCACCCCUCCCCUUUCCAUGGAUGCUUCCAUCUCCUUGAUCGUGGUAGACACUAAUGACAAUCCUCCUACCUUCAGUCAGGCAUCCUACUCUGUGUAUAUACGAGAAAACAAUCCCAGAGGUGCCUCCAUAUAUUCCAUAAUCGCCCAAGACCCAGACAGUGAAGAGAAUGGUCAAGUCACUUACUCCAUUGCAGAAGACAUUCUCCAGGGAGCACCUCUCUCCUCCUACAUCUCCAUCAACUCCAACACUGGAGUCAUCCAUGCUCUAUGUUCCUUCGACUAUGAACAAUUACAUAAUAUUCAACUGCUUGUGAUUGCCCAAGAUGCCGGAGACCCACCUCUCAGUAGCAAUGUGUCUUUGACUCUUUUCAUUCUGGAUCAGAAUGACAACGCCCCCAAAAUCCUAUAUCCCAUAUUUCCCACAGAUGGCACUACCGGAGUGGAGUUGGCUCCUCGCUCUGCAGAGCCAGGAUACUUGGUGACCAAAGUGGUGGCAGUCGAUGGAGACACAGGCCAAAAUUCCUGGCUGUCCUAUCAUCUACUCAAAGCCACAGAACCAGGCCUCUUUUCUGUGGGCUUACACACAGGAGAAAUUAGAACUGCCCGAGUCUUUCUAAGCAAAGAUAACUUCAAACAGAAUCUGGUUGUAUCAGUCACAGACAAUGGAGAGCCUCCUCUCUCUGCCACUGUUAGUGUCACAGUGAUUGUGGCUGACAGUAUCCUCGAGGUCCUCUCAGAUCUCAAUCAUUUGACUGCUCCUGAAGUCCCCAAUGAAUCCAGUCUCACUUUCUAUCUGGUCCUGGCUGUGACUGCCGUGUCCUGCCUGUUUUUUGGCUUCAUCAUUGUCUUACUAGCGCUCAGGAUAUGCAGAUGGAGGGCUUCAAAACUGCUGAGAUGGGGCACUAACCAUUUUGUUGGUGUCCCUGUCUCAGAAUUUGUUGGAAUUGAUGGAGUCCGAGCUUUUCUUCAGACACAUACUCAAGAGGUUACUCUCACUAUGCACUCUCAGAAGAACCAAUCACUCUUUCCCCAACAUUCCUAUGCAGACACUUUAAUAUGUCAGAAAAUGUGUGAGAAAAACAGACCACUUUCAGCAUCUCAGAAUUUACUUGAAGGUAAAGAGGAUUCUAAUAUUCUCCAGGAUUCUCUUUUAUGAUCAGCAGCAGGAAAGGACAAGCCUGAAAAGGGAAAUAUUCAUAAGAAGGCUUCUGACAAAGGAAAGCUGGU